AUGAGGAGGGUGCACCGAUCGGCGCCUGUCGACAUGGACCUUCAGGAUGCCGGAGGUCCACUCGUGAUAGCGGGCAGACUGACGGCAGCAGGGAUGCGUCUCCCCAUGUGGGAGAGGGCCCCUGCCCUUCGUAGCUUUUGGCGGCGCGUGUCACAUGAUCGCGCUACCGCCGCUGGGGCCGCGUCGGUGCCAAGCAAGACCCAGGACAUGUCAGCUGAGCUUCUCCAGUGCGUGGCCAUCGCGACGCCCGCCGAGCUGCUCCAAGGCGAUACCGCCGAGGCGCGCGCCGAGCUGCUCCAGAGCGAGGCACUUGAAUCGUAG